CCAUAGCUUAAUUUCCACAGAGAGAGAAAUAGAAAUAUGACCCAAAUGGGACUCCCCUGGUGGCCAAAGAACAGUACUACUACUCCGACCACCAAUUGCGGUGGUCCUACUGGUGGCGCCCCCACCACCACCACCUCCACCUCCAACCCAUCAUGUUGCUGCCUGUCGAAACUGGUGAAAAAGCUGAAGAAACACAGCCGAAUGCUGCGCAAAACGACCCGGCAAUCGUCGUUUCAAUGCCGGUACGACCCGCUCAGCUAUUCUCUCAACUUCGACACUAGGAGUGGGUGUGGAAGCUUGUUAGACGAUGAAGAUUACUACCGGUUCUAUGCCUUCACUUCGAGGUUCGUAGCCAACCCAAGAACUGCUACUUGUCCCAGAUUGGUGGCCUCUGUUCAUUAGAUCCAUCAAAUGUUGUACUAGAAAAUUAACUCUACAAAUAUAUAGUUAAUGAGAUUUUGUUCUUUUUUUUUUAGUUAAUUAGAUUUGUUCCGCUUAAUUAUUUUUGUUCAAGUCUAUGUUGUCGCUUCAAGUUUAGUAAACUUUAGUUUCAUUAAUG